AUGUCAGGGCCCAAAAUAGAGGCGGACCAAGAGGCUAAGAUAGACCCCAGCUCUCCAUAUAAGUCUGCAUGGUCCCAGGUCUGUGUGUCUGGCUGCCUUCACACUGUUACCCUGACAUGUCCACCUGCUGCUAUGGGGGUGAGGGCUUUAUAUAGCCUCACUCCCCUUAGCUGGCCCAUAUUAUUUUAACUGUUUAGCCACUACUGAUCCGGUGUAUCACUUCAAAGCCUCAGCUAUGGCUGGUUAAGAAUACUUUUAGUUGCAUUGUAUUAGGUAUAAAUGGAUGAUGACUUAUGUACGCUAUGAAUGAGUGAUGUUGAACUUACACUGAGUGUACAAAACAUCAAGGACUCUACAAGGUGUCUAAAGCAUUCCACAGGGAUGCUGGCCCAUGUUGACUCCAAUCCUUCCCACAGUUGUGUCAAGUUGGCUGGAUGUCCUUUGGGGGGUGGACCAUUCUUGAUACCAAUGGGAAACUGUUGAGCGUGAAAAACCCAGCAGCGUUGCAGUUCCUGACACAAACUGGUGCGCCUGGCACGUACUACCACACCCUGUUCAAAGACACUUAAAUAUUUUGUCUUGCCCAUUCACCCUCUGAAUGGCACACAUACACAAUCUAUGUCUCAAUUGUCUCAAGGCUUAAAAAUCCUUCUUUAACCUGUCUCCUCCCCUUCAGCUACACUGAUUGAAGUGGAUUUAACAAUGACAUCAAUAAGGGAUCAUAUAUUUCACCUGGAUUCACCUGGUCAGUCUAUGUCAUGGAAAGAGUAGGUGUUCUUAAUGUUUUGUACACUUAGGGUAUUUACCAGUCUGCGGACUUAGGUGAGACUUAUCUGAUCUCGCAAAUUGGCAGACCGUAAACAAUGGGCAUAGCUUUGAGGGAAUGUUUCAGUUGGUUCCAUCCCAUUAAUGUGGCAUGUUUGUAAUUUGUUAAGGCAGUGUUUCCCAGGGCCUCCCAAGUAGUGCAGUGGUCUAAGGCACUGCAUCGAAGUGCUAGCUGUGCCACUAGAGAUCCUGGUUCGAGUCCAGGCUCUGUCGUAGCCGGCCGCGACUGGGAGACCCAUGGGGCGGCGCACAAUUGGCCCAGCGUCUUCCAGGGUAGGGUAGGGUUUGGCUGGCAGGGAUGUCCUUGUCCCAUCGCGAUCUAGCGACCCCUGUGGCGGGCCCGGGCGCAGUGCACGCUGACUUGGUCGCCAGGUGUACAGUGUUUCCUCCGACACAUUGGUGCGGCUGGCUUCUGGGUUAAGCGGGCACUGUGUCAAGAAGCAGUGCGGCUCGGUUGGGUUGUGUUUCGGAGGAUGCACGACUCUCGACCUUCGCCUCUCCCGUGUCUGUACGGGGGUUGCAGCGAUGGGACAGGGACUGUAACUACUACCAAUUGGAUACCACAAAAUUGGGGAGAAAAAGGGGUUAAAAUCCCCCCCCCCCCCAAAAAAAAAAGGCAGUGUUUCCCGAACUGGUCCUUGUGACCCUCAGCCACUCCACAUAUUAUAUAGCACACCUGAUUCAACUAGACAACUAAUCAGGUGUGUUAGUGUUGGAAUAGAUCAAAUACAGGUUUGUGCAGGACUGGGACCGGUUUGGGAAACAUUGGGUUUGAGUACCGACGUGGUGGUGGAACAUAUGGCCUCACAUAGACUCAUAUGGCCUCACAUAGACUCCGGCAACACUACUCCAGUUAAAAAUGGACCUAGUAAUGUGGACUGGAGGUGACAUAUGCACAAAUCAUUUUGAUAUGCUCUCUGUCUCUUUUUCUCAACCCAACCUGGACUCGGGGGUAGCCGUAACAUAGUAAACGUUAAUCCAGUACACUCCAAUUAGUAUGAUAUGUUAAGUUUACAUUUACAUUUACAUUUACAUUUACGUCAUUUAGCAGACGCUCUUAUCCAGAGCGACUUACAAAUAGGUGCAUUCACCCUAUAGCCAGUGGGAUAACCACUUUACAAUAUUUUUAUUUUAUUUUAUUUUUUUAGGGGGGGGGGGGGGGGGGGGGGGGGGGGGUAGAAGGAUUACUUUAUCCUAUCUCAGGUAUUCCUUAAAGAGGUGGGGUUUCAAAUGUCUCCGGAAGGUGGUGAGUGACUCCGCUGUCCUGGCGUCGUGAGGGAGCUUGUUCCACCAUUGGGGUGCCAGAGCAGCGAACAGUUUUGACUGGGCUGAGCGGGAACUAUGCUUCCGCAGAGGAAGGGGAGCCAGCAGGCCAGAGGUGGAUGAACGCAAUGCCCUCGUUUGGAUGUAGGGACUGAUCAGAGCCUGAAGGUACAGAGGUGCCGAUCCCCUCACAGCUCCAUAGGCAAGCACCAUGGUUUUGUAACAGAUGCGAGCUUCAACUGGAAGCCAGUGGAGUGUGCGGAGGAUAGGGGUGACAUGAGAGAACUUGGGAAGGUUGAACACCAGACGGGCUGCGGCAUUCUGGAUGAGUUGUAGGGCUAUGCAUGACUAGUGGUAAUAACUUGAAUUGUUAGGCUAUGCAUGACCAGUGUUAACUUGAAUUGUUAGGCUAUGCAUGACUAGUGUUAACUUGAAUUGUUAGGCUAUGCAUGACUAGUGUUAAUAACUUGAAUUGUUAGGCUAUGCAUGACUAGUGUUAAUAACUUAAAUGCAUGACUAGUGGUAAUACCUAUAUUUUAAUAUGGUAUGUAUUAAUUUGUGGAUGUCCAUCAUCCAUUUCGUAUGAUAAAUUACGAAUUACAAUUCUUAUGAUAUGUUACAAAUUGCAAUUUGUACAAUAUGUUACAAAUUGGAAUAUUCGUACAAUAUGUUACAAAUUUGAAAAACAUAUGAUAUUUUACGAAUUCCAAUUUGUUGUGGCUAACGUUAGCUAGGUGGCUAACGUUAGCUAGGCUAGGGGUUAAGGUUAGGGUUAGGAGUUAGGUUAAAUGGUUAAAGUUAGGGGAAGGGUUAGCUAACAUGCUAAGUAGUUGCAAAGUAGGUAAUUAGCUGCUAAAAUGCUGAAGUUGUCCAUGAUGAGAUUAUCAACCUAGCCCCAGAGACAAAAAAAAUCCAUCAAUCUUACAGUUGUAAUAAAAGAGCUCCAUAGCUCAUCUGAGUAAUUAUUACUCAGCAAUACUCUGUCACGCUAAUCAGGGUUAAAGGAUUGGAGUUUAAAGGAAAGGACUGGAAAAGAUAACCUCUAGAACGUGAACUCUUUCCAAUCUUGCCAGGAAGGUCAUAUGAACAAUUGCAUACCUUCAUUGUAGAGACUAUUUUCACCCUAGCAACAGGUUAACGGAAAGCCUUUUGUUCUUCAUUGACGUUAUGUCACUCCUCAGAGCCAGAUGCUGAUCAACCAGCUGAGGGAGAUCACUGGUAUCCAAGACCCACAGAUCCUCCUCAGGGCCCUUAAUGUGAGUACCAAACACUGUGGACAGACAGGCAGAUAGGCUUAGGUUCUGCCUGCUUAAUCAGUAUAACGUUGUCAUAUUGUAGAUAGAUAGAUAGAUAGACAGUAACCUAAGCCAACUCAAAGUUUAUUGAUUUCUGCUUGGUGGUCCAGGCCUAUCAUACACCUAAACCAUUUCUUAGAUAUUGUUCAGCUAAAUGAUUGGCCUGUCUCAAUGACACUAUGAGAGGACUUCAAGGUAGGUCCUGAAGACACUCUGGGAACAAAUGUUUUUAUUACCACGUCUUGAUUUGAUUAAUUGUGUUGUGACAUGAUAUUAGCUGUAUGCCGUGUCAGAGACCAAUGAUGUAGUGUCUAAGAAGACAACUGUGAGAUGAUGUCAUGCCUACACCAUUAGUCAAUGAGCAUGAACUAGUUGGAGGGAAAACCUGCAUAUAGUACAUUUGAGCUAUGAACAUUUCAGGUCGUUGUUGCAAAAGAGUUCUCAGCAACUUACGUGCUUGAAAGUCAAAAUAAAGUCCAUUGUCACAGACAUUUUUGUCAGCCGGCUCUCUCACCAGGCUUUUGACCAUUGUCUUGAGAUAGCCUAUAUUUCCCGGUCAGUCCCCGGAACAAAUCCUUUAGAAGGACUCUGUCACGUAGAGGUCAAACUUAAGGUUAGGGGUAGCCGUUUGCCUAGAUGCCAGUUUAUCUCUGCUUUAGCUGCUCUGUCCUUUGUCAGAGUUGUUAAUAUCAGAAACAGACUGGCACCAGGCCAGGGAGUUCUGGGAAAAGACACAUUGUAAUGCCUACUCUUAUAUCUCUGAUAUCAGGCCAGUCAGGGGGACAUCAGCCAUGCUGUUGGGCUGCUGACCACACAGCCACCAGAGGAGGGCCAGGGGACUGAGGACACCCCAGACACAGAAGUCAACAGGGAGGCCUGGGGGGGCCAGAAAGGUAGGCUGGAAGUUGAGAAGGAAAGUCUCUAAGGAAAGGAGCAAAAUACUGAAGGUCUGGUGAUGAACGAAGAAGAUAAUUGGUUUCCCAAUGCAAACUGAUUUCUGUUGUUGAGUACAUCAAAGCUAUGCAAACUUGUGACUCUCCAUCAUUCUGAAAUUUCCUCAGGUGCUCCUCCUAAAGAUGACCUUCAGACAGCCAUUGAGCUCAGCUUGCAAGAAUCCCAGGCAGAGGAGCGAGAGCUCAACAGGUAUAGUAGUCCAGUACCUCACCAUUUCCCCUUUGUUUGCUGUUUUCUUGCUGAACGAAGUCACCAAUUGAGAGUCAUCUCUCAAUUAAAAAGUUAUAUUAUCUGAAGUGAACACAGAGGUACUGUAUGAGCAAUAGAUAACGUCAACGAAAAAGGAAUACCAGGGUCCUGUUCAUAAGAGCAUGCAACAGAAAAUGUAUUUCUUAUUGGACCCUCCCCAUUUUUGUCAGUUUUCUUCCAUUUGGUGCCAAAUGAACACAACCCAGGUGUAACUCUCAAUCAGACCAUUGUCUACAGUUGAUGAGUGGCAUGUUUUGGUGUGUUCCAGGGCGCUGGAGGCCAGCGUGGAGGACAGUGCUGCACGGGUGAAGAGGAAGCGCUGCGAGGCCCAAGGAGAGAGCUGCAGCCCUGCAGACUGGAUCCGCCAGGAGGAGUGGCCCGUGGGCAUCCGCAAUGUGGGCAACACCUGCUGGUUCAGUGCCGUCAUACAGGUGAGGUACACACAAUAUACACAAAAAUACACAGUCAUUAACAGUGUCUGCUCUGGAGCUUGCACUUUAAAAUAUACACAAAAUAUAUGCACAGUAAAAUAGAAUUGUGCCAGUGAGAUGAACAGGAUAAAAAGUUAAGUAGAACAUUUGGGUUUGUGCUGUGGACCUUGUUCAUGCUUUGCCAUUUAAGACCACCUGUUGUAUCACCAGUCGGGUCCUUGCUGUUACUAAGGUUGAUGUCGUACAGUAAAGGUUGUAUUUGAAUUUUGCAGAAUCUGCAGAAUCCCUUGGACUCCUAUGGUCUCUAUAAUAUGACCUUGACUUUUCUGCACCACCUCCUAAUUGGUGUAUAUGUGAUAACCAUGUUUAGAACCUCUCUCCGUUUUCCGAAACCUUUCAAGACUUCUGGUGUGACUCGGUUCAAAAUAUUACCACUAGGAGAGAAGGCCUCAAACACAUGUUUGCGUCCAAUUCGCUGAACGAUGUCGACUUCUGUCAAGAGAUAUUACCUGACUUCUCACUCUGCUUUCUCGACUGAAACCAAACAUUUCAGAACAUAUCGUUUCAAACUGUUGCCACACAAUCAAGCCAUAUUGUGUUAAUUGAGUUGUCGGUAAUACCAGGAGGAUGGGGAAAGAUGAGGUGCAGUGGUGGGGUAAGGGUUUUUACUUUCCAAACGCAAAAGCUUCAUGGUGCUCUAAUUCUAUUAAGAGUCCAUUCCAGACUAAAUUUAGCCGGGCCUAUCAGGUGGAUCUGCUGAAAUUCAAGCCUACAUUGAUAUUGAUAGACUGCAAGGGUAAUUAAAUAGUGCAGUGUUGUGAUGAUAGAGCGAGCGAUGAACUCUGCAGCCUGGACUGAAAUUAGUUUAUAUCUGUAGAUUAGGCCAAAUGGGAACGCUCAUGUGUCUUAAUUUAGUUCAGAUAUGCGCCACAUCGAUUAAAGCACCAAAAACCCAAAGGAAAUAUAAUCAGGGGAUAGGAAUGCAUGCACACAUUUUGAGUGGCUGAGAAGUCGUUUGAAAUCGUUGCAUUUUAAAUCCAGCCUUUUAUUUGACUCUUUCCAUCACAAUUUGCCAAUAGAAUGUAGUUAUCUGAUUGAGACUCGCUGUAUGACCGCAUGUGGCUGUGUACUCAUAUUUCUGUUGUAUCUGGUGUGGUACGCUUUACAGUAAGAUUGUGAUAAGCUGUAAUUAAGUUUCUGGGAAAUGAGAAAGUAGAGAAGACACACAGGCCUAAUGCGAUCAAAAACAUGGGUAUAUUGUUGUUGCUUCAAAACUGCACUUAAGUCUCCAUUAUUUUGUAUUGUAUAUGUUACACAGAGUUAAGAUUUAGAAAUAAAACACACUAUAGUUCGCCAGCAUCGAUGAAGUGUCUUUUCACUAACUAAUAUAAAGAUAAAAUUAUCUAAUUUAUUCGUCUUAUGAGACGAAAAUUACCAUCACCCUGUCUCAUACAGUAAAGUUAUAUCUCAAUGGCAUUUUCUUUUGUUUGCUUAACUGUGACUCUCAUGUGUUAAAACCUCCAUAAGUAUCCUCGACAAUGACAUUUUACACAUGAAAAGACAGACAGAGUGAUGGAAAGGUGACCAAUAUCAUCUUUGUCUCUUAUUUCAGUCCCUGUUCCACCUGCCAGUGUUCCGCAGAUUGGUACUUAACUACUGCCUGUCUGAGCGAAUCCUGGAGAAGUGUAAGAGCCACUCGGUGAGUGUCCAAUGGAGGGCCAGGAGCCCUGAGGAACAGAGAAGGGACCUUUGGGUCCCAGAGGCUGAAGAGUCAGGGGAUGUCUGGCUGGUGUUAGAGGGGAAACUAGACUACAGGGUUAUAGAGUGUGCAUAAAGAUAGUGGGUAACACUUAAUAGUAACUUCCAUGAAGAAGCAUUGAUAAACCAUUUAUAAACAGUGUAGGCUACAUGCUAUAAUCAAAUGUUAUAAAAAUGUAUAUACGUUUAUAAGAAUUAUAAGAAAGGCUCAUGAAAGUUAUUAUUAAGUGUAAGUACAAAGUUAUAUGGACCCCUCUGCAUAUGGCGAUAUAUUGUUGAAAACAGGUAAAAAAUCAGUAAAGCGUUACCCAGGUUUUCCAGUGCAGCUCUGUGAAGUGAGAAAAGCCUAACAUACGCCUGUGUUCUCAGGACAAGAGGAACAUAGCCUUCAUGCAGGAGCUCCGCUGUCUCUUUGCUCUCAUGGUGGGCUCCACUCGCAGGUUUGUGGACCCGUCUGCUGCCGUAGAGCUUUUGAGAGAUGCUUUCAGAUCCAGUGAGGCCCAACAGGUACACACUGAGGUCCAACAGGUACACGCACACGUGCAUGCACACUUGUGUCAGUGCAUGCGCACACACGCACACACACACACACACACACACACACACACACACACACACACACACACACACACACACACACACACCUGGGUCAUGGACACCACUUUACAACAACUGCUUUGUAUACAAAGAUGUUAAUUUCAGAUGUGUUAAUUCUAGGAUGUGAGUGAGUUCACCCACAAACUCCUUGACUGGCUUGAAGAUGCCUUUCAGCUGGCUGCUAAUGGAAAGUAAGUCAAGGAUUUGAUCCUUAACAGUCAGUUCUGUACGAAAGCACAUAUUUAUUGUCAUAGCUAACCAGGGACGCAACUUUCACUGGGGACAUGUUCCCCCCACAUUCUGAGAUUGCCUAGUUUUAUCAUUGGAAUGUGAUACAAAACAAGGCAACGGUGUGCUUUAGGACCAUGCAGACACCACCGAGCAGUCGGGUAGGCUGUUUGGAGUGUUUAUCCGACUGGAUAAAAAAAUUAAAAAAUAAAAUAUUAUGUCCCCUCCACUUCUAAAACCAAAGUUGCGCCCACUUCUAAAACCAAAGUUGCGCCCCUGUAGCUAACUAAGAUUCCAUAGCUACUGUAAUUGGUUCAGCUAUCUGACAUUGUCGUUCCAUUAUUGACAUUCCAGUACUGUAGUCCCGUGUAGCUCAGUUGGUAGAGCAUGGCGUUUGCAACGCCAGGGUUGUGGGUUCGUUUCCCACGGGGGGCCAGUAUGAAAAAAAAAAAAAUUAUAAUAAUAAUAAAAUGUAUGCACUCACUAACUCUAAGUCGCUCUGGAUAAGAGCGUCUGCUAAAUGACUAAAAUGUAAAUAUAAAUGUACUGAACAUAAAAUAAGUAUUCCUAUUACUGUACCAGUAUUAUUUGUGUCUUGACGUACAAUAAAUCAGAUAUUGAAUUGCUCGAGGUAUAAAAGUGAUCUUAUCUUUAGUAGCCCGGAAGAUAAAAAAGAAAACCCAAUGGUUCAGCUGUUCUAUGGGACAUUUGUGGCAGAGAGAACUCAUGCGGGUAAGUAUAGAAUGGACAUUUCAUUUUGAUUAUACUGUAGGGCCUUGAGUAUUUCCUGAUCACCUGACCUGACCAGGAAAAGCUCGUUUUUAGGCUAUGACCGUAGUCACUAUCAUUAAAGGGCUAUGACCCUGUAUGACUAGUCAUAAUCUGAUACAGCCAUUUUGUAGGCCCCAGAGUUUUUCCUGCUGAGGUCACAUGGUGAAGAAAAACUCCUGACCCUUCUUAUGCAAUCCGUAUUCUUUCUGUCAAUUCACAUCGAUGUUUGACCAUGUGUAGGCAAGACCUUAUCCAACAUCGAGCAGUUUGGCCAGUACCCCUUACAAGUGAACGGUUUCAACAACUUGGAUGAAUGUCUUGAAGGCGCCAUGGUAGAAGGGGAGAUUGAAGCCCUACAUUCGGAUCAAACCAUUUCGUCUGGCAGCGAGGUGAGCAUACCAAACUCCUAGCUUUAUGUUUACUCUGAAAGUUGUUGUGAAUGUUAAGCCAAGUAAAUAUGAAUGUAAAUGUAAUAGAAAUAGAAAUGUAUAUGGAAAUGUUAAUUUGGAUGUGAAUUCUCUCUGUUCCAGAGGUGGUUCUCAAAGUUACCACCAGUGUUGACCUUUGAACUGUCCAGGUUUGAAUUCAACCAGUCUUUAGGACGCCCAGAAAAGAUUCACAAGAAACUAGAGUUCCCACAAAUCAUAUAUAUGGACAGGUGAGCUGUUUGAUAUUCAUUUGAGAAAAAAACAAAAUCUAUGUAUAUUUACAGUGGGGGAAAAAAGUAUUUAGUCAGCCACCAAUUGUGCAAGUUCUCCCACUUAAAAAGAUGAGAGAGGCCUGUAAUUUUCAUCAUAGGUACACGUCAACUAUGACAGACAAAAUUAGAAAAAAAAAUCCAGAAAAUCACAUUGUAGGAUUUUUAAUGAAUUUAUUUGCAAAUUAUGGUGGAAAAUAAGUAUUUGGUUAAUAACAAAAGUUUCUCAAUACUUUGUCAUAUACCCUUUGUUGGCAAUGACACAGGUCAAACGUUUUCUGUAAGUCUUCACAAGGUUUUCACACACUGUUGCUGGUAUUUUGGCCCAUUCCUCCAUGCAGAUCUCCUCUAGAGCAGUGAUGUUUUGGGGCUGUCGCUGGGCAACACGGACUUUCAACUCCCUCCAAAGAUUUUCUAUGGGGUUGAGAUCUGGAGACUGGCUAGGCAACUCCAGGACCUUGAAAUGCUUCUUACGAAGCCACUCCUUCGUUGCCCGGGCGGUGUGUUUGGGAUCAUUGUCAUGCUGAAAGACCCAGCCACGUUUCAUCUUCAAUGCCCUUGCUGAUGGAAGGAGGUUUUCACUCAAAAUCUCACGGUACAUGGCACCAUUCAUUCUUUCCUUUACACGGAUCAGUCGUCCUGGUCCCUUUGCAGAAAAACAGCCCCAAAGCAUGAUGUUUCCACCCCCAUGCUUCACAGUAGGUAUGGUGUUCUUUGGAUGCAACUCAGCAUUCUUUGUCCUCCAAACACGACAAGUUGAGGCUUUGUUACUUUGGUCCCAGCUCUCUGCAGGUCAUUCACUAGGUCCCCCUGUGUGGUUCUGGGAUUUUUGCUCACCGUUCUUGUGAUCAUUUUGACCCCACGGGGUGAGAUCUUGCGUGGAGCCCCAGAUCGAGGGAGAUUAUCAGUGGUCUUGUAUGUCUUCCAUUUCCUAAUAAUUGCUCCCACAGUUGAUUUCUUCAAACCAAGCUGCUUACCUAUUGCAGAUUCAGUCUUCCCAGCCUGGUGCAGGUCUACAAUUUUGUUUCUGGUGUCCUUUGACAGCUCUUUGGUCUUGGCCAUAGUGGAGUUUGGAGUGUGACUGUUUGAGGUUGUGGACAGGUGUAUUUUAUACUGAUAACAAGUUCAAACAGGUGCCAUUAAUACAGGUAACGAGUGGAGGACAGAGGAGCCUCUUAAAGAAGAAGUUACAGGUCUGUGAGAGCCAGAAAUCUUGCUUGUUUGUAGGUGACCAAAUACUUAUUUUCCACCAUAAUUUGCAAAUCAAUUCAUUAAAAAUCCUACAAUGUGAUUUUCUGGAUUUUUCUUUCUCAAUUUGUCUGUCAUAGUUGACGUGUACAUAUGAUGAAAAUUACAGGCCUCUCUCAUCUUUUUAAGUGGGAGAACUUGCACAAUUGGUGGCUGACUAAAUACUUUUUUCCCCCACUGUAUGUGUGUUCAUAUGUAUCUAAACAUAUGCAGUGCUGUGAAAAUGUAUUUGCCCCCUUUCAAAUUUUAUCUACUUUUGCAUAUUUUUGAUACUGAAUGUUAUCAGAUCUUCAACCAACACCUAAUAUUAGAUCAAGGGAACCUGAAUGAACAAAUAACACAACAAUUACAUACUUAUUUCAUUUAUUUCAUAAACAAAGUUAUGCAAAACCCAAUGCUCCUGUGUGAAAAAGUAAUUGCCCCCUUACACUCAAUAACUGGUUGUGCCACCUUUAGCUGCAAUGACUCCAACCAAACUCUUCCUGUAGUUGUUGAUCAGUUUCUCACGUCGCUGUGGAGGUAGUGUGAUGGUUUAUAUUUAAGCAAUAAGGCCCAAGGGGUGUGGUAUAUGGCCAAUAUACCAUGGCUAAGUGCUGUUCUUACGCAUGACGCAAUGCAGAGUGCCUGUAUACAGUCCUUAGCCGUGGUAUAUUGGCCAUAUACUGUAACACAAAACCCCGAGGUGCCUUAUUGCUAUUAUAAACUGGUUACCAAUGUAAUUAGAACAGUAAAAAUAAAUGUUUUGCUAUACCCCGUGGUAUACGGUCUGAUAUACCAUGGCUGUCAGCCAAUCAGCAUUCAGGGCUUGAACCACCCAGUUUAUAAUCAUAUUGAGUAUCGGCAUUCAUUUAGACUGACCAUUGUAUUGCAUUGUAAUGAUGAUACUGUAAGUGGGGAAUCCGAGUCAAAUAAACUUUUGUUGUGGUAAACUAAGUUUACUGUAUGCGAACAGAUACCUUCACAAGAACAAUGAGCAGACCCACAACAGGAGAGGAGAGGUGAAGAGACUGAAGGAGCAGCUCAUAGUCCUGCAGCAGAAACUGGAAUGGUGAGUUUACUAUCGAGUUUACUGUUUGUAAAGCAGGGUGACACAUCAGGUUUGUACACGCCAAUACACGUGUUCUUUUAGUUAAUCAUUUUUCAUUGAAAAAGUCAGUGAUGACUGCAACAGGAUGGAUACCUCCAAAUGUGUCCAUUGAAAGUGAAUGAAUCAUGAGUUAGUAGAAAAACUGUCAUACACGCAGUGGUCCCAUAAUAUUAGUAUUUUGAUUCACGUAGGAAAUGUCCUGCUCAUGAGUCAUGACCGACAAUGUUAUUGAUGAAACUUGCUUGUAAUUGUUUGCCAAUUUACUGUCAGUUCAACCUCUGUCUCCUUCUGUUUCCAGCUACAGAAACUAUGGCUCAGGGCCGACAAAGUAUCCCCUGGCAGACAUGUUACAGUACGUGUUGGAGUUUGCCUCCACUAAGCCCACUAGUGUCUCCCCAGCUGAAGAUGUGAGGCUGGGUGCCUCUUCCCCCACUCCCCCCAGCAGCAACACCCAGCAUACAGAGGCCAACCCUGACGACACCAGGCAAGGACCUCUUGGACAACUUUGUCUCACUAGUCAAGGCUAUGAGUGAAUUUCUAGUUUAUUGUGCUUACACAAAAUCUAGUCCUGCCACACUUACCGUUACUCAAUAUGACCGCAGUGCCAGCUGCUGAAGAGAGCGUAAACACUUUGUUACGUGUUCCUACCUAGAAUGUCAAUGUGAAGUCAGUCAAUUCAGGACAUAAUUGAAAAUCAGUUAAUACAUUUGAAACUCCUAGUAAAAAAUGAUGGGAAAUAGAUUUCUAUUUAUUCCAUUUAAUUUCUGAAAUGAAAUUUACCAAAACCCUGUAAUGUUUUACCUGUUAGCCUAUGUAUAGUACAUCAGUCACUGUCUUUACUGUAUUUUUUCAUGCCAACCCCAUUUGUUUACAUCCUGCUUUUCCUCUGUGGGUCUCCUCAGUCAGUGCCAGGAGCCAGGAGACACAGGCCCAUCCGACAGCACCACCUGCCAGCAACAGCCCCCCUCGGGCCAGAGGACACCCAUCUACAAGCCCUUCACCCAGUGCAGACCCCCCAUGGAUACCCCACCUCACCCCGCCCCUCACAGUGUGACCGAGGAAGAGCUGCGCUUUGUCAAGACCUGCCUGCAGCGCUGGAGGACAGAGGUGGAGAACAACAUGAACGGUACAGUGAUUUACACCUUGAUUCACUAAUGAUAACCUCUCUGUAUUUGGGGUCAAAAUAUUUUAUUUUUUAUUGUACAUUAAAGCCACACUGUAAGAUAUGCAUAGCACCAACAUUUUAGCAAUGGAUCUAAUACAUCCCAUGACAUUUUGACAUGCAAAUAGUACUUGAUUUAUAUCAUAUAUCUGUAGUGAUUGGGAAAUUACAUUCCAUGAGAGCAAGUUUAAUUUUUAAAGAUGAUUUGAAGCUAUAUUUGAUCAUGCUAAUUUACUGUACAUUUCUAGUGAUCGUUUUUCAAUUGGAUGUGUAUCAUGAGCUGAAAGCCUAUCCUGGCUGUCAGUCAGUUAUCCCAGAGUGUCUACUCUAGAGAGUGUGUGUGUGUGUGUGUGUGUGUGUGUGUGUGUGUGUGUGUGUGUGUGUGUGUGUGUGUGUGUGUGUGUGUGUGUGUGUGUGUGUGUGUGUGUGUGUGUGUGUGUGUGUGUGUGUGUGUGUGUGUGUGUGUGUGUGUGUGUGUGUGUGUGUGUGUCUGGCACGGCCCCAGGUGCACUGCAUUGAUCUGUGUGUCUGUGUCUCGGUGCUCAGAGCUAAAGGCCAGCAUCGACAGGGUCAGCCUUGCACUGGAGGCCAUGUACUCGGAUAACAGCCUGUGUCAGGUAAGAUCCCUCGUACUCAUCUAUCUGACAUUCUGUGUCAGGUUAAAGCAUGUGAUACACUAAUAUCACUUUGUCAGGUUGAACAUGUGUCACAAGCGUUGCAUAAUGAUUCAUCUCAGAACCCAGACCCAAAUCUUGUGUAGGUACUCGAUUUAGCAUUUUGUUAACGGUCUGUCACAAGAGACAAGACUGAUUAACAGUAUCCCACACACUGAAAAACAUUCUUACAAUGUUUCCAUUGGCAAUGAGUGAGAUAUUGUUGCCUUAGCAUGUGUGCAUUAUCACAUUAUCACGAUGCAGCACCAUUGUGGGUGGGAACAGAGAGUGCAUGGGUGUUGAAUGUCAUGAGAAGUUAAUAACAAGAAUGUAAUGAGUUCAGUAUAUGUAAUGAGAUGCCAUGGCAUGCUAUGCUAUGCUAGUAACAAAGCAGAGGUUAUAAAAAGCUUUUGGUUGAUGUGUGCAGAAGCAAUUAUAGAAUGUCUGAAACAUUUUUAGUCCUAAUCCUUUGUUUAAUGUGUACACGUGCCAAUACCGAAGAUUUCUGCUGAAACAUGAAUUUCUGGGACCUAAAGUUCUUGUUUGAAUGUGCACCGGCCAAUACAGAAAGAUUCGGCUGAAACUUCUACUUUUCUGGUCCUAACCUCUUGUUUGACGUGUGAAGGUGCCGUACAGGCUUCACGCUGUCCUCGUCCACGAGGGCCAAGCCUCGGCCGGCCACUACUGGGCUUAUAUCUACGACCACGCCAACCAGCGCUGGAUGAAGUACAACGACGUCAUCGUCAGCGAGUCCUCCUGGGAGGAGCUGGUCAGAGACUCGUACGGAGGCAUGACCAACGCCAGCGCCUAUUGUCUAAUGUACAUCGACGACAGGCUGCCUCACCUCAUCGCAGGUACCCAUAUCCCUCCACCCCAUUCCACUGAGAAACUAGCUAUGGUUCUUUACUGGUUCUAACAGCAGACUUAUCAGCUUGCUGCCAGCUCUUAGCAAACUGCUACUUCUCUGUAAAUAAAUUAACAACAGACUUUCAGCAUGCUUAUAGAGAAGGGCACUCAACAUGUACUACACUGACACAAAUGACUGAUGAUUGGUUGAAAGAAAUGGAUAAUAAGAAGAGCUAUACUGUUAGAUUUCAGUGCAGCCUUUGAUAUGAUUAACCAUACCUGUUGUUGAGGAAACUUGUGUGUUAUGGCUUUUCAACCUCUGCCAUAUCGUGGAUUCAGCGCUAUCUAUCUAAUAGAACUCAGAGGUUAUUUCUUUAAUGGAAGCUUCUCUAAUGUCAAACAUGUAAAGUGUGGUGUACCGCAGGGCAGCUCUCUAGGCCCUCUACUCUUUUCUAUUUUUACCAAUGACCUGCCAUUAAACAAAGCAUGUGUGUCCAUGAAUGCUGAUGAUUCAACCAUAUACACAUCAGCAACUACAGCUAAUGAAGUCACUGAAACCCUUAACAAAGAGUUGAAGUCUGUUUUGGAAUGGGUGGCCAUUGUAUUUGGUACAAAUCAUUCCCUAAGUUCUAGACCUCAGCUGAAUCUGGUAAUGAAUGGUGUGGCUGUUGAACAAGUUGAGGAGAAGUAAAUUACUUGGUGUCACCUUAGAUUGUAAACUGUCAUGGUCAAAACAUAUAGAUUCAAUGAUUGUAAAGAUGGGGAGAGUUCUGUCUGUAAUAAAAAGAUGCUCUGCUUUUUUGACACCACAUUCCACAAAGCAAGUCCUGCAGGCUCUAGUUUUAUCUUAUCUUGAUUAUUGUACUCUGAUAUGGUCAAGUAACUGAUAGAUGCACACACACACUACAUGUUAAUGUUUUUAAAUGUCUGUAAAUUGUAAAGUGUUUUGUCUGUAAUGUAUUUUUCGUUAUAUGUCGGACUCCAGUAAGACUAGCUGUCGCCAUUGGCGUCGGCUAAUGGGUAUCCCAAAAAAAUUAUCAAAUAGAAUGUAUUCCAGGGACCAAAAACAUAUCAGCUAAAUUAAUUUGGACUGAAAUCGUGCUCAGCUAAAUUAAUUUGGACUGCCUGCUGGCACUGUCCAGCGAGCAGAGCUCCAUGUCUCUUUGAGCACACAGAUGCCACAGCAGGUACGCUUGGCCUCAGGGCAAGUAUCAAGCCCCAGCCCAGGGCCAAACAGAAGGCUCAAGUUGACAUGUCACAGUGCUGUUUACAUCUAACCAUACCUAUACUGUAUCUACACUAUAUAUACAAAAGUAUGUGGACACCCCUUCAAAUUAGUGGAUUCGGCUAUUUCAGCCACACCUGCUGACAGGUGUAUAAAAUCGAGCACACAGCCAUGCAAUUGCCAUAGACAAACAUUGGCAGUAGAAUGGCCUUACUGAAGAGCUCAGUGACUUUCAAUGUGGCACCGUCAUAGGAUGCCACUUUUCCAACAAGUCAGUUCGUCAAAUAUCUGCACUGCUAGAGCUGCCCCGGUCAACUGUAAGUGCUGUUAUUGUGAAGUGGAAAAGUCUAGGAGCAACAACGGCUCAGCUGCGAAGUGGUAGGCCACACAAGCUCACAGAACGGGACCGCUAAGUGCUGAAGUGCGUAGCGCGUAAAAAUCGUCUGUCCUCAGUUGCAACACUCACUACCGAGUUCCAAACUGCCUCUGGAAGCAAUGACAGCACAAGAACUGUUCGUCGGGAGCUUCAUGAAAUGGGUUUCCAUGGCCAAAGAGCUGCACACAAGCCUAAGAUCACCAUGCGCAAUGCCAAGCGUCAGCUGGAGUGGUGUAAAGCUCGCCGCCAUUGGACUCGGUAGCAGUGGAAACGCGUUCUCUGGAGUGAUGAAUCAUGCUUCACUAUCUGGCAGUCCGACGGACUAAUCUGGGUUUGGUGGAUGCCAGGAGAACGCUACCUGCCCCAAUGAAUAGUGCCAACUGUACAGCUUGGUGGAGGAGGAAUAAUGGUCUGGGGCUGUUUUUCAUGCUUCGGUCUAGGCCCCUUAGUUCCAGUGAAGGGAAAAUCUUAACGCUACAGCAUACAAUGACAUUCUAAACAAUUCUGUGCUUCCAACUUUGUGGCAACAGUUUUGGGAAGGCCCUUUACUGUUUCAGCAUGACAUUGCCCCCGUGCACAAAGCGAGGUCCAUACAGAAAUGGUUUGUUGAGAUCGGUGUGGAAGAACUUGACUGGCCUGCACAGAGCCCUGACCUCAACCCCAUCGAACACCUUUGGGAUGAAUUGGAAUGCUGACUGCGAGCCAGGCCUAAUCGCCCAACAUCAGUGCCCGACCUCACUAAUGCUCUUGUGGCUGAAUGGAAGCAAGUCCCCGCAGCAAUAUUUCAACAUCUAGUGGAAAGCCUUCCCAGAAGAGUGGAGGCUGUUAUAGCAGCAAAGAGGGGACUAACUCCAUUAUUAAUGUCCAUGAUUUUGGAAUGAGAUGUUCGACAAGCAGGUGUCCACAUACUUUUGGUCAUGUAGUGUAUACCUGCUAUAUCUGUCCACACUGUAACUGCUUCACUUGAUCUAUACAUAAAUACAUUUAUGAAUAUCCAAUACAUGGCCUGACCAGGUGUUAGGUUUUGUAGACCUGACCGGUUUAUCUACAUAGUUUUUCAGUGUAUGCUGCUUAGUAGUUUAGGUUACUAUUGACUGUUAUCAGUUAGCUCGUUGUGAUUGUUAUAUUUAUGAUAUAUUAUGUCCACAGAGGACACAGAUGACGAGACAGGCCAGGUCAUGCAGGCCAUGGAUUCCCUGCCACCCAUCCUCAGGCGCUACGUGCGCGAGGACAACCGCUGGUUCCAGCAGGAGCUCAAGGAGUGGGAAGACCAGUUCUGCCAGCAGCCACAGGAGGAACCAUCAACCCCCACAGCAGCCGUCACCUCCACUCGUGCUCCCAGUAAAGACGACCCAGCAGAACCAGUCCCCCAACCUGGGCCUGCCCAGGAACCCACUGGGGAACAGGAACAUGAGGCAGAAUCGGUUGUUAAACCAGCUAUGGAAUCUGGAGGUUGGUCUGGACAUACAUUUAUAUGUCAGAGUUACACAAUUCUGGUCUUUGAGGGUGGCGGUGUAUGCUGGUUUUCAUCCUUGUCUUUUAGUCACCACAUUUGGCCAAGCACUAUUGUCUCUGUCUGUCUGUCUGUCUGCCGAUGGUGAUGAAUCAGUUUCGCUCUCUCCAUAAAAUUGAUAAAGUUUAUUUAAUUCAAAAUUUCAAUUAAGCACUAGUGAAAAAUUUAAACCAGCAGGACUGCAGGAGACUGUAUACAGUCUUUAAGAUCUGAGUUCUGACUAUAGUUUCCUGUUCCACUCAUGGUCCUUGUCCUGUUUCAGAGCCAGUUCCAACAAGCCAGCCCCAGUCCCCGGUCCCUGUGUCACCGGAGAGCACUGGCAGCAGCCCAGAGGAGAGCAACCACCAGGCUGUCUCUGUCUCUGGCACUGUCUCGCCAGAGCCUUGCCAACAUACCAGUGAGGACGAGGAGGGGCAGCAACACAGACAGGUGGGCAGGGUGAAAAGAGGGAUCUGGGGUUGUCAUAUGAGCACCCAUUGAAUAAAGAUCAUAUACUCUAUCUAGGCCACAUACACAUAUAUACCUAGGGCUAUAUCUCUUACUUCCCUGUUGCAUAGUGAUAGCUGCUGCUACUGGAUGUUUUGGGUGUGACAUUAGGAUGAGUCAUGACAUUGGGGUGAUACAUGGGUUCAGUGUGAGAUAAACAACAACAAAUAACUCAGAGAAUAACUCCCUUUUCUAUUUUAUAUAUCUUUCUUUUAGACAGUGGCUAUGUGUAGUCCAAAGGCAGCUGUGUUUACCGCUAGGCCAACCUGCAACCUGCAAUCUCGUCUCAGUUUUAACCAAGUCUUUUGUGAGAUUGUACGUGUGAGCUUCAUUUUUGUUUCAAUAUGUCAUUUCGUACUAGUUGUGUUUGGACAAAGACAGUCUUGUUAGUAUACAAUAGUAUUUUUCCAACUAUUUAGCGAAAUCCCCUUUCCCCACAUACCACACCCCCCUCCCUGGAGGUGAUAAGGCCCUAGCAGCCAGUCACUGGACACCCUCCCCUGGCCAUCCCAACAGCAUUCCACAUAGUCCUCAGCUGGUUUAUCACUGGGGGAUGUUGAGGAGACUCUGUCAGGAGGUGCAGGAGCUGUGGCCAGUGACAGGCAUGGCUUUAAAUAGAACCUUUAGCUUUUUAUAUCCCUUACUGUACUUUACGGUUGGUUAGUUUGAGAGUUCUGGCGUAUUCCAGCGACAAGCCGUGGGUUGGUUGCUUGCUCGGACUGAUGCUCGUUUUCAGGACUGUGAAAUGUUUUGAGAAUGCUUCUGUGAAUGCUGAUGACGUGGCUUUUGUCAACAUUGAGUGACGACAUAAUUUUGUGAAUGUUUAUGAAACGUAGGCAUAUUACCUGUUGACAAGGAUCCAUUGCGAUAUAUCAGUUGCUCUUUGUUGUCAGACUGAUAGUAGUAUCAGUAGUAUCUGAAUGUUAGGUCUAGAUUUGACACGCCUUAUGCUUAAUAUAACUGUAAUCGGGGCUUGUGUCACAUAUUCCAUUGCUUGCUGGACAGACUACCUACCUGGGCAAACUGCAAACUUUAAUCAUAAAUGGUGUACAUGUGACCUCUAGUGGUCAGUGCAUAUAGUCCUGAAUGAAUCCCAAUUGUUUUUGUUUUUGUUUAUGGACCUUCCGUUAUUUUAAAGAUCAAACUAAGUUCAUGCACAGUAAAUGUACAUUUUAUGACUCAGUUUAUCAAUCGAAAGAGGAUCCAGUCAGAAAAAUCAUUCUAUUUUAUUUCAAUUAUACAGUGCAUUCGGAAAGUAUUCAGACCCCUUCACUUUUUCCAUUUUUGUUACGUUACAGCCUUAUUCUAAAAUGGAUUAAAUUGUUUUUUUCCGUCAUCAAUCUACACACAAUACCCCAUAAUGACUGAGCAAAAACAGGUUUUGUUAAAAUUGUGCAAAUGUAUAAAAAAUUACUGGCUUCUGUCUGGCCACUCUACCAUAAAGGCCUGAUUUGGUGGAGUGCUUCAGAGAUGGUUGUCCUUCUGGAAGGUUCUCCCAUCUCCACAGAGGAACUCUGGAGCUCUGUCAGUGUGACCAUCGGAUUCUUGGUCACCUCCCUGUCCAAAGCCCUUCUCCCCCGAUUGCUCAGUUUGGCCGGGCGGCCAGCUCUAGGAAGAGUCUUGGUGGUUCCAAACUUCUUCCAGUUCAGAAUGAUGGAGGCCGAUGUGUUCUUGGGGACCUUCAAUGCUUCCACAUUUUUUUGGUACACUUCACCAGGUCUGUGCCUCGACACAAUCCUGUCUCGCAGCUCUACGGACAAUUCCUUUGACCUCAUGGCUUGGUUUUUGCUCUGACAUGCACUGUCAACUGUGGGAACUUAUAUAGACAGGUGUGUGCCUUUCAAAAUAAUGUCCAAUCAAUUGAAUUUACCACAGGUGGACUCCAAUGAAGUUGUAGAAACAUCUCAAGGAUGACCAAUGGAAACAGGAUGCACCUGAGCUCAAUUUCGAGUCUCAUAGCAAAGGGUCUCGCUUCAUCAUUAUGGGGUAUUGUGUGUAGAUUGAUGAGGACAUUUUUUUAUUUAAUCAAUUUUAGAAUAAGGCUGUAACGUAACAAAAUGUGGAAAAGGUAAAGGGGUCUGAAUACUUUCCUAAUGCACUGUAUAUGCUGUAAUUAAAGUUUUCAUUGUUUAAGCAUUAGACAUUUUUGGGGGGGUUACAGACUUUUUUUAUUACCAGACAAGUAUGCAGGUUAGGCAACUAUAUGCCUAAGACUUUAUCUAGCAAAAAAUAUAUAUUAAAAAGUGUAUGUAUGUACAGUGGGGUAAAAAGGUAUUUAGUCAGCCACCAAUUGUGCAAGUUCUCCCACUUAAAAAGAUGAGAGAGGCCUGUAAUUUUCAUCAUAGGUACACGUCAACUAUGACAGACAAAAUGAGAGAAAAAAAAUCCAGAAAAUCACAUUGUAGGAUUUUUAAUGAAUUUAUUUGCAAAUUAUGGUGGAAAAUAAGUAUUUGGUCAAUAACAAAAGUUUCUCAAUACUUUGUUAUAUACCCUUUGUUGGCAAUGACACAGGUCAAACGUUUUCUGUAAGUCUUCACAAGGUUUUCACACACUGUUGCUGGUAUUUUGGCCCAUUCCUCCAUGCAGAUCUCCUCUAGAGCAGUGAUGUUUUGGGGCUGUCGCUGGGCAACACGGACUUUACACGGUUCAGUCGUCCUUGUCCCUUUGCAGAAAAACAGCCCCAAAGCAUGAUGUUUCCACCCCCAUGCUUCACAGUAGGUAUGGUGUUCUUUGGAUGCAACUCAGCAUUCUUUGUCCUCCAAACACGACGAGUUGAGUUUUUACCAAAAAGUUCUAUUUUGGUUUCAUCUGACCAUAUGACAUUCUCCCAAUCCUCUUCUGGAUCAUCCAAAUGCACUCUAGCAAACAUCAGACGGGCCUGGACAUGUACUGGCUUAAGCAGGUGGACACGUCUGGCACUGCAGGAUUUGAGUCCCUGGCGGCGUAGUGUGUUACUGAUGGUAGGCUUUGUUACUUUGGUCCCAGCUCUCUGCAGGUCAUUCACUAGGUCCCCCCGUGUGGUUCUGGGAUUUUUUCUCACCGUUCUUGUGAUCAUUUUGACCCCACGGGGUGAGAUCUUGCGUGGAGCCCCAGAUCGAGGGAGAUUAUCAGUGGUCUUGUAUGUCUUCCAUUUCCUAAUAAUUGCUCCCACAGUUGAUUUCUUCAAACCAUGCUGCUUACCUAUUGCAGAUUCAGUCUUCCCAGCCUGGUGCAGGUCUACAAUUUUGUUUCUGGUGUCCUUUGACAGCUCUUUGGUCUUGGCUAUAGUGGAGUUUGGAGUGUGACUGUUUGAGGUUGUGGACAGGUGUCUUUUAUACUGAUAACAAGUUCAAACAGGUGCCAUUAAUACAGGUAACGAGUGGAGGACAGAGGAGCCUCUUAAAGAAGAAGUUACAGGUCUGUGAGAGCCAGAAAUCUUGCUUGCUUGUAGGUGACCAAAUACUUAUUUUCCACCAUAAUUUGCAAAUAAAUUCAUUAAAAAUCCUACAAUGUGAUUUUCUGGAAAAAAAAUGCUCAAUUUGUCUGUCAUAGUUGACGUGUACCUAUGAUGAAAAUUACAUUCCUCUCUCAUCUUUUUAAGUGGGAGAACUUGCACAAUUGGUGGCUGACUAAAUACUUUUUUCCCCCACUGUAUAUAUAUAUAUAUAUAUAUAUAUAUAUAUAUAUAUAUAUAUAUAUAUAUAUAUAUAUAUAUAUAUAUACAGUACCAGUCAGAGGUUUGGACACACCUACUCAUUCAAGGGUUUUUCUUUAUUUUUACUAGUUUCUACAUUGUAGAAUAAUAGUGAAGACAUCAAAACUAUGAAAUAACACAUAUGGUGUUAAACAAAUGAAAAUAUAUUUUAGAUUUUAGAUUCUUCAAAGUAGCCACCCUUUGCCUUGAUGACAGCUUUGCACACUCUUGGCAUUCUCUCAACCAGCUUCAUGAGGAAUGCUUUUCCAACAGUCUUGAAGGACUUUCCACAUAUGCUGAGCACUUGUUGGCUGCUUUUCCUUCACUCUGAAGUCCAACUCAUCCCAAACCAUCUCAAUUGGGUUGAGGUUGGGUGAUUGUGGAGGCCAGGUCAUCUAAUGCAGCACUCCAUCACUCUCCUUGGUCAAAUAGCCCUUACACAGCCUGGAGGUGUGUUUUGGGUCAUUGUCCUGUUGAAAAACAAAUGUCCCAAUAAGCGCAAACCAGAUGGGAUGGCGUAUCGCUGCAGACUGCUGUGGUAGCCAUGCUGGUUAAGUGUGCCUUGAAUUCUAAAUAAAUCACGGACAGUGUCACCAGCAAAGCAUCCCCAUACCAUCACACCUCCUCCUCUAUGCUUCACGUUGGGAACUACACAUGCGUAGAUCAUCCGUUCACCUACUUUGCGUCUCACAAAGACACGGCGGUUGGAACCAAAAAUCUCAAAUGUGGACUCAUCAGACCAAAGGACAGAUUUCCACCGGUUUAAUGUCCAUUGCUAAUGUUUCUUGGCCCAAGCAAGUCUCUUCUUCUUAUUGGUGUCCUUUAGUAGUGUUUUCUUUGCAGCAAUUUGACCAUGACGGCCUGAUUCACACAGUCUCCUCUGAACAGUUGAUGUUGAGAUGUCUCUGUUACUUGAACUCUGUGAAGCAUUUAUUUGGGCUGAAAUUUCUGAGGUGCAGUUAUUCUAAUGAACUUAUCAUCUGCAGCAGAGGUAACUCUGGGUCUUCCUUUCCUGUGGCGUUCCUCAUGAGAGCCAGUUUCAUCAUAGCGCUUCAUGGUUUUUGUGACUGCACUUGAAGAAAUGUUCAAAGUUCUUGAAAUGUUCCGGAUUGACUGACCUUCAUGUCUUAAAGUAAUGAUGAACUGUCAUUUCUCUUUGCUUAUUUGAGCUGUUCUUGCCAUAAUAUGGACUUGGUCUUUUACCAAAUAGGGCUAUCUUCUGUAUUUACAUUUACAUUUACGUCAUUUAGCAGACGCUCUUAUCCAGAGCGACUUACAGUUAGUGAGUGCAUACAUUAUUUUUAUUUUUUCAUACUGGCCCCCCGUGGGAAUCGAACCCACAACCCUGGCGUUGCAAACGCCAUGCUCUACCAACUGAGCUACAUCCCUGCCAGCCAUUCCCUCCCCUACCCUGGAUGACGCUGGGCCAAUUGUGCGCCGCCCCAUGGGUCUCCUGGUCGCGGCCGGCUACGACAGAGCCUGGAUUCGAACCAGGAUCUCUAGUGGCACAGCUAGCACUGCGAUGCAGUGCCUUAGACCACUGCGCCACUCGGGAGACCCAUUUGUAUACCACCCCUUUACAUUUGCACAACACAACUGAUUGGCUCAAACACAUUAAGAAGGAAAGAAAUUCCACAAAUUAACUUAAGACGAAAAAGUGUUAAACAAAUCAAAAUAUAUUUGAUAUUUUAGAUUCUUCAAAGUAGCCACCCUUUGCCUUGAUGACAGCUUUGCACGCUCUUGGCAUUCUCUCAACCACCUUCAUGAGGUAGUCACCUGGAAUGCAUUUCAAUUAACAGGUGUGCCUCCUUAAAAGUUAAUUUGUGGAAUUUCUUUCCUUCUUAAUGCGUUUGAGCCAAUCAGUUCUGUUGUGACAAGGUAGGUGGGGGGGUAUUUGGUAAAAGACCAAGUCCAUAUUAUGGCAAGAACAGCUCAAAUAAGCAAAGAGAAACGACAGUCCAUCAUUACUUUAAGACAUGAAGGUCAGUCAAUCUGGAAAAUUUCAAGAACUUUAAACGUUUCUUCAAGUGCAGUCACAAUAACCAUGAAGCGCUAUGACCGCCACAGGAAUGGAAGUCACGGACACCUCUCAACAUCAACUGUUCACAGGAAACUGUGUGAAUCAGGCCUUCAUGGUCGAAUUGCUGCAAAGAAACCACUACUAAAGGACACCGAUAAGAAGAAGAGACCUGCUUGGGCCAAGAAACACCAGCAAUGGACAUUAGACCGGUGGAAAUUUGUCUUUGGUUCCAACCGCCGUGUGUUUGUGAGACGUGGUGUGGGUUCACAGAUGAUCUCUGCUUGCGUAGUUCCCACCGUAAAGCAUGGAUGAGGAGGUGUUAUGGUGUGGGGGUGCUUUGCAGGUGACACUGUCUGUGAUAUAUUUAGAAUUCAAGGCACACUUAACCAGAAUAGCUACUACAACAUUCUGCAGCGAUACGCCAUCCCAUCUGGUUUGGGCUUAGUGGGACUUUCAUUUGUUUUUCAACAGGACAAUGACCCAACACACCUCCAGGCUGUGUAAGGGCUAUUUUACCAAGAAGGAGAGUGAUGGAGUGCUGCAUCAGAUGACCUGGCCUCCACAAUCCCCCGACCUCAACCCAAUUGAGAUGGUUUGGGAAGAGUCGGACAGCAGAGUGAAGGAAAAGCAGCCAACAAGUGUUCAGCAUGUGUGUGAACUCCUUCAAGACUGUUGGGAAAAAAUUCCAGGUGAAGCUGGUUGAGAGAAUGCCAAGAGUGUGCAAAGCUGUCAUCAAGGCAAAGGGUGGCUAUUUGAAGAAUCUCAAAUAUAAAAUAUAUUUGUUUAACACUUUUGUGGUUACUACAUGAUUCCAUGUGUGUUAUUUAAUAGUUUUGAUGUCUUCACUAUUAUUCUACAAUGUAGAAACUAGUAAAAAUAAAGAAAAACCUUCAAUGAGUAGGUGUGUCCAAACUUUUGACUGGUACUGAAUAUACACACACACAUAAAUACAUACAUACCUACAGUGCAUUUGCAAAGUAUUCAGACCCCUUCCCCUUUUCCACAUUUUGUUACGUUACAGGUUUAUUCUAAAAUUGAUUAAAUAAAUGUUUUUCCUCAUCAAUCUACACACAAUACCCCAUAAUGACAAUGCGAAAACAGGUUUUUAGACAUUUUUGCAAAUAUACUAAAAAUAAAAAACAUAAAUAUCUUAUUUACUUAAGUAUUCAGACCCUUUACUAUGAGACUUGAAAUUGAGCUCAGGUGCAUUCUGUUUCCAUUGAUCAUCCUUGAGAUGUUUCUACAACUUGAUUGGAGUCCACCUGUGGUAAAUUCAAUUGAUUGGACAUGAUUUGGAAAGGCACACUCCUGUCUAUAUAAGGUCCCACAGUUGACAGUGAAUGUCAGAGCAAAAACCAAGUCACGAGACAGGAUUGUUUUGAGGCACAGAUCUGGGGAAGGGUACCAAAAAAUGUCUGCAGCAUUGAAGGUCCCCAAGAACACAGUGUCCUCCAUCAUUCUGAACUGGAAGAAGUUUGGAACCACCAAGACCCUUCCUAGAGCUGGCCGCCCGGCCAAACUGAGCAAUCGGGGUAGAAGGGCCUUGAUCAGGGAGGUGACCAAGAACCCGAUGGUCACUCUGACAGAGCUCCAGAGUUCCUCUGUGGAGAUGGGAGAACUUUCCAGGAGGACAACCAUCUCUGCAGCACUCCACCAAUCAGGCCUUUAUGGUAGAGUGGCCAGACGGAAGCCACUCCUCAGUAAAAGUCAUAUGACAGCCCGCUUGGAGUUUGCCAAAAGGCACCUAAAGGACUCACAGACCAUGAGAAACAAGAUUCUCUGGUCUGUUGAAACCAAGAUUGAACUCUUUGGCCUGAAUGCCAAGCGUCACAUCUGGAGGAAACCUGGCACCAUCCCUACAGUGAAGCAUGGUGGUGGCAGCAUCAUGCUGUGGGGAUGUCUUUCAGCGGCAGGGACUGGGAGACUAGUCAGGAUUGAGGGAAAGAUGAACGGAGCAAAGUACAGAGAGAUCCUUGAUAGCGCUCAGGAGCUCAGACUGGGGCGAAGGUUCACCUUCCAAUAGGACAAUGACCCUAAGCACACAGCCAAGACAACGCAGAAGUGGCUUUGGGACAAGUCUCUGAAUGUCCUUGAGUGGCCCAGCCAGAGCCCGGACUUGAACCUUAUCUAACAUCUCUGGAGAGACCUGAAAAUAGCUGUACAGCGACGCUCCCCAUCCUACCUGACAGAGCUUGAGAGGAUCUGCAGAGAAGAAUGGAAGAAACUCCCUUAAUCCAGGUGUGCUUGUAGCGUCAUACCCAAGAAGACUCAAGGCUGUAAUCAGCGCCAAAGGUCCUUCAACCAAGUACUGAGUAAAGGGUCUGAAUACUUAUGUAAAUGUGAUGUUUACAUUUGUAAUAUUUUAUACAUUUGCAAAAAUGUCUCAACCUGUUUUUGCUUUGUCAUUAUGGGGUAUUGUGUGUAGAUUUAUGAGGGGGGAAAAAACUAUUUAAUCAUUUUUAGAAAAAUGCUGUAACGUAACAAAAUGUGGAAAGGUCAAGGGGUCUGAAUACUUUCCGAAUGCACUUCUAGCUUUGACUUUGCUGAUAACUACUUUAUUGACUAAAAAUGUCCUUACUAUGCCUAUGAUAUGUGGUUAUCCCACCUAGCUAUCUUAAGAUGAAUGCACUAACUGUAAGUUGCUCUGGAUAAGAUGACUAAAUGACUAAAAUGUACAAUUUUAAUGUCAACUUCAUAUCCCAAGCAGCUCCUCCCACUUCAGUCUUCGUGCCCUGCAGCAGAGAUGAGUGGCCAGGCCCAGACUGCAUCUGUGACUCCUGACCCCUCCACAGAUGUCACCACUGAGACCGACAGCGAGACUGGGUUCAGAGAGGCAGUGGCGGAAGCUGCAGCAGCGCCUGACACCCAGGCAGGCGGCGAGGAUGGUCAGGACGCCCCGGCGGCGACCAGACGCAGGCAGCAGCAACCAGAGAACGUGGUGUCGGAGGUGGAAAUCCCCAACGUGGGCAGGAUCCUGGUCCGGGCUGACACUGACGGCUACAAUGAAGAGGUAGAGAGCCGCUACUUAACUAACUUUAUUUAACUUAAAUAAAUAAAUAUCUAAAUACAAAUGAAUAGUAAUAAUACAUUUGGAGCAUGCUAUUCCAUGUUACAUUGACUUCUAUUGUUUUUGGUUAGAAAAUUGUUUAGAUAAAUUUUGGGCAAUGCCACUCUUUGGCUGUUGCUUCAAAUUAUAAUAUUAUUGCUUGCAUAUAUCCAAUGAAUGGAUACAGCAUACAUGGCUCGCUGAAAGGUGCAUUGCUGCUAUAGGAGUUUGUUUGUGUGUGGACUUGCUCUAAUACCUGUUCUUUGUCCUUCUCUGUGGUGCUGUGUUUAAGAUGAUGCUGACUCCAGCCAUGCAGGGCAUCAUUAUGGCCAUAGCCAAAGCCAGACAGGCAUUCGACAAGGAUGGCCCUGAGGCUGGCCUCAUCAAG